AUGAAUGCAGAUGAAGCAAGAAAGAAUGAGCCAUAUGCAGCUGAUCAAAGGGCUGUUAUUGAUAAGACACCAUCGCAGUGCGGUGCGCAUGAGGAUGCGUUUGAUAAAAUGAGGGCGAGAGCAGCAUUCCUUCUGAACCAAGCACACCAACAAACACUCGCAUUCAAGCAACAGGCUGAGGCAAGUGGAACUUUUCGAAUUGCUUGUGAUCAAAUAGACGCAGGCCUUAGCAGUCGAUUACGCACCUUUACUAUAACGAAAUGGGCUGGCAAGCCAUCGCAGCUGAGUCCUUUGAAGUUCGCUUCUCAUGGUUGGAUUUGCGUUUCUUCGGAUUUGCUCGAAUGUGUGUCAUGCCAUCAUUAUUUGAGUGUUGAGCUGCCUUCAUUGGCGGAUACUGCUGUGACUGUUUAUCGGAAAGCGAUCAGGUAUAUUUUUUCAAAUACAAGUGAUACCGUACCGCUGAAGACACUCUCAAAUGCCAAUACCGAACACAGGUGGAAUUUGGAUGAGAGGAUUCAGGAUUGCCCAGAUUUCAGGUACGAAAUUAUGAAAGAUUUAGAUUUCUCGCGGAUAGAAGUGAUUAUUGCUGAUGGUGUGCAGGCCGUGGUGCUUGAAACCAGUGAGCAAAAGUGCAAAGCACUCACUCUUUUCGGCUGGCAGAAAAGGUUCCUUUUGAUGCCCAUGCAUUUUUGCAUCUGUGUGUGCAUAUUGUGUCUGCCUGUCUAA